CGGCCUCCCUCCAAGAUGGCCGCCCGCGCCCCUCCUCCCCUCCGCGCUGCAGGGCUCCGCCCCCUCGCGGCUCCCCGCCGUCACGUGGCGGGGGCGGUUUGUCCGCCCGGCGACGCCGUAGUCGCUGCCCCUCCUCUUGCCCUCGGUCCCGGCGCGUGGUGGCCUCUGAGCGCGGCCGGCGAGAGGAAGCCUCACGCCCCGGUUGUCCCGUCCCGCUCCCCAGCCCGUUCCGCUAUGUUGGGAGCCGCCCUGCUCCUUCGCCGCUGCACCGUUGCCGGCCUCCGUGGCCUGGCCCGGGGGGCCCGACAGCCGCCCGCCGCCGCCGCCUCCGCUGUGUUGCCUGCUCGUUGCUACUCUCAUGGGACACAAGAGUCAGAUGAAGAAUUUGAUGCUCGCUGGGUGACAUACUUCAACAAACCAGAUAUUGAUGCCUGGGAGCUCAGGAAAGGCAUGAACACUCUGGUGGGCUACGAUCUGGUGCCAGAACCAAAAAUCAUCGAUGCUGCUUUGAGAGCAUGCAGACGGUUAAAUGACUUUGCUACUGCGGUCCGCAUCCUAGAAGUUGUAAAGGACAAGGCAGGCCCUCACAAGGAAAUCUAUCCUUAUGUUAUCCAGGAACUUAGACCAACUUUGAAUGAAUUGGGAAUCUCCACUCCAGAGGAACUGGGCCUAGACAAAGCAUAAACAUAAUUGAUGGGCUGCACAUGCAUUUUAUUAAUGCUCCCUGAUUGUACACAGUUGCCUGGAGACACAUGUUAAAUAUUACCUUAUUUGAAAUAACUUCCUUCUUUAUUGAGUCCCAGUGUAUGUAAUGUGAAGUUGGACCUAAUAAAGGAGAAAUGGGUUUGAACUGA